CAUGCCCUUAAGGUCUUACCGAGAUUCUUUCCUUUUCAAACAGCAUCUGUCAAAAUAAUGACAAUCUUUUUCGGUUGCAACGAUGCGUGUCUCCCUGGAAACUACCAGCACAUUCCCCUGGACAUUUACCGCGAGAAUUUGAGAGAAAUUGUUCAACACCCUGUUUUAAAGGCCCAAAAACCCAGAAUCCUUAUCCUCACCCCACCUCCGGUCAACGAGUACCAACUGGAGGCCUUUGACGCUUCCGAAGGCGUACCUCACCCUAGCAGAACCGCAAACCAGACGAGAAAAUAUGCGGGUGCUGCCGGCGAUGUUGCGUUGUCGUUGGGGGUUCCUAUUGCCGAUCUCUGGACGGCGUUCAUGGAAGCUGUCGAAUGGAGAGAAGGAGAGCCUCUUAUAGGCUCCAGAGAAGUUCCUAAUCACGAGGCGUUCCAGCAAUAUUUCACUGAUGGACUUCAUUUGACUGCGAAGGGAUAUCGACUUGUCUAUCGGGUUGUGAGGGAUACUAUUGAACGGAACUGGCCAGAUCUUCAGCCUGAGAAUCUUCCUAUGGUUUUUCCAGACUGGCGUGUAGCCCCUAUGAAUAAUGUAUGA